GCCCGGAGCCCAUCGGCCCUUCCCGAGUCUCUCCCCUGAACCCCUCCCGUGUGCCCGGAGCCCAUCGGCCCUUCCCGAGUCUCUCCCCUGAGGCCCCGCCCGCCGCGGCCCCGUGCGCCAUGGCCGCCUACAAGCCGGUCGUGGUGCAGGCGUGCCCCAAGCUCGGCGAGAAGAUCACGCAGGACACGCUGUACUGGCGGGGAUACAAGACACCUGUUCAGAUAAAGGAAUUCGGUGCAGUAAAUAAAAUUGACUUCUCCCCAGUCCCACCGUAUAACUAYGCUGUCACAGCCUCCUCGAGGGUAAGUGGCUUUUCUGAGGCUUUCACAUCCUUGUCCUUCAGUUGCUAUCAUACCAGAAAACGUAAUUUCCUCUUGUUUUGCCAGAUCCACAUUUAUGGGCGUUACUCCCAGGAGCCCAUCAAGACYUUCUCUCGCUUUCGGGACGCCGCGUACUGUGCCACGUACAGGGACGACGGGCGCCUGCUCGCCGCUGGCAGUGAGGACAGCAUCAUCCGCCUCUUCGACAUCAGCGGGAAGGCACCACUGAGGCAGUUUGAGGGUCAUACUAAACCAGUUCAUCUCGUGGGUUUCCUGUCUGAUAAAUACCGAAUAUUUUCUGGUGGUGAUGAUUAUUCAUCAAAUUUGUGGGAUAUUCCAAGUGCCACUGAAAUAAUCUCAUAUAAUGAACAUACUGACUAUGUGAGAUGCGGCUGUGCAAGUAAAGUGAAUGCAGAUGUCUUCAUAACAGGUUCCUAUGAUCACACCGUGAAACUGUUUGAUGCACGAACAAAAAGUAGUGUCAUGACAAUAGAACACGGCCAUCCUGUGGAGAGUGUGCUUCUCUUCCCUUCUGGUGGACUUCUAGUAUCUGCAGGAGGUCGAUAUGUCAAAGUCUGGGAUGUACUAAAAGGCGGACAGUUGCUAGUUUCACUUAAGAAUCACCAUAAAACUGUAACUUGUUUGUGCCUGAACAGCUCUGGCCAAAGGUUGUUGUCAGGAUCCCUGGACAGGCAUGUGAAGAUUUACAGUACUACAUCCUACAAAGUGGUCCACAGCUUCAACUAUGCAACGUCCAUCCUCAGUCUUGCAUUGUCGCCUGAAGACGAAACCAUAGUUGUAGGCAUGACCAAUGGGGUGCUGAAUGUUAAACACAGAAAACCUGAAGAAAAGAAUGAAAAGUCUCAAAAGAAGAGACAACCAGCAUAUAGAACUUAYGUGAAAGGAAGAACUUACAUGCCGAAACAGGAAGAUUUCUGUGUCAGUAAACCUGUAAAACGUGUUUUGAGGAAAUAUGACAAGCUGCUGAGGAGCUUUCAUUCUUCCAAGGCUCUUGAUGCUGUAUUGGAGCCACCCAUCAUGCUUCAUACUCCUGAAGUCACAGUUGCAGUCAUGCAGGAACUACAUCGCAGAGGAACACUGAGAAGUGCACUUGCAGGCCGAGAUGAGAAGCAAGUUAAUCUCCUGCUUACAUUUGUGGCAAGGCGUGUGAUUGAACCUAGAUUUACUYCUGUGCUGGUGACUGUUGCAGAUAUGAUCACUGACAUUUAUCAGCCUGUGGUUGGGCAGUCAGCCAUUGUUGAUAAACAGUUCUUGAAACUUCAGGAAGCUAUUGGAAAAGAAAUUGACUAUCAAGAGGAACUACUCGAAGUUUUGGGAAUGAUGGAUACACUGUUUGCUACUUUUACUAAAAAAAGAGAUAGGUGUCUAGAAGAGAAUAAAAGUAAUGGUCUUGCAGAGAUCAUUGAAACAGAUUUGAAUUACUGACACCCAUCACAACAAAUUGUCACAAUUGUGGACUUGAAAGAUAUGACCUGUUCCCUUCUUAAAAUAGUGACUUUCAAAAUAAGCCUCUCUAUGUUGAAGUUCUCUCUUUAAACUGUGUUAAUGAAUAGGCUUGAUUACUGAAGACAGAGAAAGAGAAGGACRUAUUCAAGAUUGUCCAUGCAAUAUUUUUCAAAUAGUUCCAUUUUAAAGUUUUAUUUUAGUGUUACAUGUUUUCUSAAGGGUUUACAUGCCUGACUUUUGCUGGUGGGGGGCUGCAGAGCUGGCUGCYGUGAGAGGCUUCUACAAGCUUCUUUCAUGUCCAUUAGCGCCAGUCCCCCCAUGGCUCCAAAGACAGAUGUGCUGGCCAAGACUGGGCCAAUUAGAAAUGGGGAUAACAAAGAUAUUACACAGUUGUAACUGUGGCCAGAAAGGAGCAGAGCAAGAACAUGUGAGAAGAAUCCUGUGGACACUGAGGUCAGUGAAGAAGGAGGGGCAGGAGAUGUUCCAGGCACUGAGAUUCCUCUGCAGCCCAUGGUGCARCCAUGGUGCAACAGCUGUGUCCCUGCAGUCCAUGGAGGAGCCCAGGCCAGAGCAGAUGGUUGCCUCACAAGAGGCUGUACUGCUGUGGGAGACCCUUGGAGGAGRGGUCCUGCUCCCAGGCUGGAGCAGCCUGUGUUUGAAGGACUGCACCCUGUGGAAGAGACCCACUCACUGCUGCAGCAGGUUGGGGAAGACUGUUGUCCAUGUGAUGGACUCACAUUGAAGAAGUUCAUGGAGAACUGUCYCCUMUGGGAGGGACUCCAUUGUGCAGCAGGGGAAUGACUCUUCCCUGAGCAGUGGAAGAACCACAGGUCAWGAACUGACCAUAACCCCCAUUCCUUGUCUCCUUGUGCCACUUGCAUAGAGCUCUGAAGGAGGGAGGGUGGGGGGAAGGUGUUUUUAAGGGUUUGUUUUGCUUCUCAUUGCUCUGCUCUAAUUUUAUUUAGUAAUUUAAUUAAUAUCUCUAAGUUGAGCCUAUUUUACCCUUGCUGGUAUUUGAUGAGUGAUCUCUCCUUAUCUCAGCCCAGGAACCCUCAGUUGUAUUUUCUUCUCCCUGUUCAGCAGAGAAGAGUAAGAGCAGCUUUGGUGGGUGCCUGAUGCCUGCCCAGCAUCAACCCACUACCGUUGUGUGUCCAGUACUGUCAACAGUCAACACAGUUUUCAGUUUUUAUUUACCAGAAAGUAAUUGAGGUUUGUCUAAUUUUAAGGUAUCACUGUCCUUAUCUAAAGUUAAUAUCCACUCUCACAUCCUUGGAAAUAAGAAUAAAAUACCAUACACAUUUGUUAACACUUUGUCUGCAU